AUGGCCCCAAAGAUCCAACAAACUAAGGCCGCCAAGGCUGCUGCUGCUUUGGCUGGUGGUAAGAAAGGUAAGAAGAAGUGGAACAAGGGUAAGGUCAAGGACAAGGCUCAGCACGUUGUCAUCUUGGACCAAGAGAAGUACGACAGAAUCAUGAAGGAAGUCCCCGGCUUCAAGUUCGUGUCUGUCUCCGUUUUGGUUGACAGAUUGAAGAUUGGUGGCUCCUUGGCCAGAAUUGCCUUGAGACAUUUGGAGGACGACGGUGUCAUCAAGCCCGUUUCCAAGCACUCUAAGCAAGCUAUCUACACUCGUGCCUAA